AUGCAGGUCAAAGCUCAAGCUCGGGUUAUAUCGAACCAAGGCACAAAAUUAGAUCAACGAGCUCGUGACCCAAAGACCGAGCAAGAACGAGACCGAGCAAGAUCGAGAACAAGCAAGAUCGAGAGAAAAUUACCGAGCCAAAUAACAAAAAGCCGAAAUAUCCGCAAUCGGCCGAGGAUCACGGCGAAAAUCUCGGAGACUAGAUGGGUGGAUUCGAAGGCUCGAGAUGCUAAUGGGUUUAAGUUGUGGGUCUCAGGAUGUGAGAGGGGUAAGAAUGGGGUAGGUAUCUUGGUUGAUAGGGAUCUUAGGGAACUAGUGGUAGAAGUUAGGAGGGUGAACGACAGGUUGAUGGCUAUUAAGCUGGCUAUGGGAGGGUCUACUUUAAAUGUGAUUAGUGCUUACGCGCCUCAAGUUGGUUUGGACGAGGAGAUUAAGAGGCGCUUCUGGGAAGAAUUUGACGGGUUGGUAUGUGGCAUUCUACUCACCGAGAAGUUAUUCAUAGGAGGUAACUUCAAUGGUCACAUUGGGACGACAUUUGGGGGGUAUGACAGUGUGCAUGGCGGCUUUGGCUUUGGAGUUAGGAACGAAAGAGGUAUUGCGUUAUUGGACUGUGCUAAAGCCUUUGAUUUGGUGAUUGCCAACUCGUGUUUUCCAAAAAGGGAGGAGCACUUGGCUACAUUCCAGAGUUCGUUAGACAAGACUAAAAUUGAUUAUUUACUCCUCCGGAAGUGCGAUAGGAGUCUGUGCAUGGAUUGCAAGGUUAUACACAUCGAGAAUCUCACGACUCAGCAUAGAUUAUUGGUGAUGGACUUAAAGAUCGUGAGGAAGAGGAGGAAGAGGGUCGUGUAUGGUCAACCCAAGAUCAGGUGGUGUACUUUGACUAGUGACAAAGCGUAG